AUGGAUAAAAAUGCUAAGAGACGUAAGAGGUAUGCGGAAAUGUCACAUAGUCAGAAAGCUGACCUGCUCUGUUGCCGUCGAGAACAGAACGCUUCAAAGAAGGCAGCCACUGCUGUGCCUUCUUCUGGUGAAACGAUCCAUUUUCAAAGGCCUGCCCAGAAUACCCGAGAUUAUUUUAGUAGUACUCCAUUAGGCUAUACUCAGACUGGUGUUGUUUUGGUUGGUGCUGUGGAUAGUUCCCUGCUAGCUUCUUCGUUUUUAAAUGACAAUAGGGAAAAUCUAUUCACUACUCAGUCGGAAUAUGUUUAUACAUUUCGAGUCCAGGGCCAGGUGUAUCACUUCUUGGAUGGUCUAAUCUCUCCGUCUGAUAAAUCGUCGAGGGUUCAGUUAUAUUUUUUUGACACUGAUGAAGAGAUCACAAACAGAGUUCAAAAUUUUGAUAAGCUUCGGCUGACCACCCUCAAGCUGUUAAUGACAAUCCUGCAACAAAAUCCUUAUAGAAGGUUUUUUAAAGAACUUAGGGAUGUUCAGGCCAUUGAGACCCAUACUAUAAUUCUUAGGUGCUAUCCUAGGCUAGAUCAGCGUGUCUUUAAUCUUCCUACUGCCUCUCAAGUUGCCGCUAUAUGGACCGAGCCAGAUGAUGAGUUGGUUGAGAAGAGCCCCCACAUUCAGGUUUAUAGCCAUUCUAAUGCAAGUUAUAGGGUCCAAUCAUAUUAUGCCUGUUACGAUCCUCUUCAAUAUCCUCUUCUCUUCCCUAGAGGUGAAUCUGGUUGGCAUCGUGGGAUCAAAAGGGUAUUCUCAAAAAGGAAGAAACCUGAUACCCAUGACCCAGAAGUUCAUGUUGAUUUUUCUUCUGCCCAGGAUCCUUCUAUCUUAUUCCACUUUGAAGAUAUAGCUGCUCAGCAAAAGACCUCUCAAGAUUAUACUGUUUCUGCUAGGGGGUACUAUUGUUAUCGGCUGCAAAUAAGAGACAAUGAUGAUUCUAUGUUACUUCAUAGUCUGAGAUUAUUUCAGCAAUUUGUUGUUGGUACAUAUAUAAAAAUUGAAACAUCUAGACUGGAUUUUCAUAGAAAGCGACAAACUGAAAUUAGAACAAAGAUCCUUCAAGGGAUUCUAGACAGUGUUGCAAUAGGCCAAAUGCAGGGGUCUAGAGUAGGUCGUCGAAUUGUAUUGCCGGCUUCAUUUAUUGGCGGCCCAAGGGACAUGAGAAGAAGAUAUCUUGAUGCAAUGACCUUGGUUCAAAGGGAUAAACAGAGCCCGUGCAUGAGAGCCGGUAAAUGCAAAAAUCAUUAUCCUAAAAAUUUUGCUCCUUAUACAGUUCAUGGUGAGGAUAGCUAUGCAUGUUAUAGAAGAAGAGAUGAUGGCCGAAAAAUAAAGGUGCGCAAGCAUGAGCUCAACAACCCAUGGGUGAUACCUUACAGCCCAUACUUAUUAGCUCUAUUUGAUUGCCACAUCAAUGUUGAAAUCUGCUCCACUGUUAAGCUUGUUAAGUACCUUUAUAAAUAUAUUUUUAAAGGUCAUGAUCUUAUCAGUUUUAAUCUUCUUGACCAAGAAUCUUCUGGUACCAUUGAUGAAAUUAAUUCCUUCCUGCAAGCACGUUGGGUUUCACCUUCGGAAGCUUUGUGGCGCAUAUAUGAAUUUCGCCUAACAGAAAUGAAUCCAACAGUUUAUACCCUCCAAGUUCACUUUCUUAACCAACAAUUUGUUUCUUUUGAUAAAAGUUCAGAUUUGUGGUAUCUGUUAAGGAAGAUUGAUUUUUCAAAGGCUAUGCUGACUGAGUUUUUCAGAAUGAACAAAACCAAUGCCACAGCUCAGAAUUUGAAAUGUUUAUAUAGAGAUUUUCCUCGACACUUUGUGUGGACACCAAAAACAAAGACAUGGUCAGAGAGGAGUCGUAGAACGGUCAUAGGAAGGCUGGUAACUAUCGAAUCCAGGGAAGGGGAAAGAUACUAUUUAAGACUUUUACUCACACAUAUUCCAAAUCCAACGUCACUUGAUGACUUACUUAUGGUUAGAGGUCAUAAAACAGCCUUUUUUAGAGAGGCCUGUUUGGAGCUAGGCUUGCUUGAAUCUGAUUCUUAUAUAGAACAAGCAUUAGAGGAAGCAGCUCAUUUCCAGAUGCCUUAUUUGUUAAGGUCUUUAUUCGCAUUGCUUCUUUUCUAUUGCUGCCCAAAAGACCCUAAACAUCUUUGGCAAUCAUUCGAAGAACAUCUAUCUUCUGAUUAUAAACGAAGUUCAUCUCAUCGGCAUUGCACGCCGAUAGAGAUCAAAAGAAAAGUUCUUCAAGAUAUUAAUAUAACAUUGGAGCACAUGGGGAAAAACCUCGGUGAUUAUCAUUUCCUUGAAGAUUCCUUUGCGUCCUGCCAUGGUGAGCAUCUCACCAAAGAAAUUCACAGUAAAACAACCAUACCUAUUGAUCCAGAGGAUCUGCUUCUUGCUCAAAAGUUGAAUUCUGGCCAGAGGCAUGCAUUUGAUUUAAUUCUGGAUUCAGUAUCCUGCUCAAAGGGUCAAGCUUUCUUUGUAGAUGGUCCAAGUGGAACCGGCAAAACUUUCUUAUAUCGUGCGCUUCUUGCUUCUCUUCGCUCACAAGGAUAUGUCGCAAUAGCAGUUGCCACAUCUGGUGUUGCGGCAUCGCUCCUCCCUGGUGGUGGAACUGCACAUUCAAGGUUUAAGAUCCCUUUGGACUUUUCAAAAUAA